GAGGCGGCUGGACUACGUGAACCAUGCCAGGAGGCUGGCAGAGGACGACUGGGCAGGGGUGGAGAGCGAGGGCGAGGAGAAGGAGGGGGAAGAUGUGGAGGAAGAGGAGAUGGACGUGGAUGCUGGCAAGAAACUGCCCAAGCGCUAUGCCAAUCAGCUGAUGCUGUCUGAAUGGCUGGUCGAUGUCCCCUUGGAUCUGGAGCAGGAGUGGGUUGUAGUGGUGUGUCCCGUUGGGAAAAGGGCACUAGUUGUGGCAUCCAGGGGCACAACAGCAGCUUACACCAAGAGUGGCUUCUGUGUCAACAGGUUCCCAUCCCUGCUGCCAGGUGGAAACCGGCACAAUUCAACGAGUGAGAAAGUGUACUGCAUCUUGGACUGCAUCUACAAUGAGGCAAAGCAGACGUACUAUAUCCUCGAUGUGAUGUGCUGGAGAGGACACCCUGUUUAUGACUGCCAGACCGACUUCAGAUUCUUCUGGCUUUUCUCAAAGAUCCAGGAGGAGGAAGGGCUGGGAGAGAAAAGCAGGAUUAAUCCAUUCAAAUUUGUGGGCCUGCAGAACUUCCCCUGCUCCUCGGACAGCCUGUGUAAGGUGCUGGCUAUGGACUUCCCCUUCGAGGUUGAUGGACUUCUCUUCUAUCACAAGCAAACCCACUAUACCCCUGGCAGCACCCCACUGGUGGGCUGGCUCCGGCCCUACAUGGUACCCGAAAUCCUUGGGCUCACCGUGCCCACUACUGUGCUUACUGCCAAACCAGACUAUGCUGGGCGUCAGCUCCAGCAGAUCAUUGAGAGCAAGAAGAGUAAAAAGCUGGCAGCGGAAGAGGGUCACCCAAGCAGUGCGGCGGCUGCGAGGAACGGACAUUACGAGCUGGAACACUUGUCUACCCCUCAGCCAGCAAACUCUCCGGAGGGCCAGGAUGAAGCAGUCAGCCAGAUGGAGAAUUAG